UCCAAAAAUUACAUUUUUUAUAAUAGACAGACCAUUUUUUAGGGGGUUUUGAAAACAAAUUAUGUUCUUAAAGACGUUCAUCCAGUUGUGUCUGACUUCGGUUGUCCUUGGUUCCGUGAUAAAUAAUCCAAAUGUACGGGUAUUCAAAAGGGUGGUUGAUCAGCAGCCAAUACUUCCCGUGGAAGUUACAAACUUUAGCACUGAUGGUCAAGGUAUUGGUCCAGUAACAGGCAUCGACCUGGACUCAAAUGGCGAUCUCUUUGUCUUCCAUAGCGGUGAUAGAUCCUGGAAUGCCAGCACUUUCAAACGGGGCAGCAAUGUCCUAUCAAAUGCGGCUCUUGUCCCCAUCAACCAAGAUACCAUCUACAGGGUAGACCCCAACACUGGACGGAGACUGUCGAGCUUUGGCAAAGAUUUUUUCAAUAUGCCGCAUGGACUUAAGAUAGACAGUCAGGACAACAUUUGGGUCACUGACGCUGGACGCCAUCAGGUGUUCAGGUUUAAGAAAGGAGCAACCACACCCGACCUUGAACUUGGUGUGAAGUUUGUACCCGGAAGUGACGACAAACACUUCUGUAAACCAGCAGACGUGGCUAUAGCCAGCAGUGGCGAGUUCUUCGUUGCUGACGGGUACUGCAACAGCCGCAUCAUCAAGUUCUCAAGCAGCGGUCAAGUCAUCAGCAAGUGGGGCGUGCCCUUGAACAGAGCCGUGUCACCAUACACACUAAACAUCGCCCACAGCAUCACGUUGGUAGAGGAGCUGGACCUGGUGUGUGUGGCAGACAGAGAGAGCAGCAGGGCUAAUUGCUACAAUGCUGGACUGAAAGGGGGAACAACUGGUAUAUUUAACAGGACGAUUAUCCCACAGAAUCAGGCGGGGAAAAUCUACGCGGUUUAUUACAGUAAAGCAGACCGUGCCAUUAUCGCCGCUGGAGUUACCUCCCAGACCCCCAUCAGCUACUGGGGGAGAGUGACGUAUCCACCUCGGGCCUACACCUACAGCCUGACUGGUCAGCAGAUCAUGGCCUGGGCCCACAUCACACCGACUAUCGCUAAGUACGGCGAAUCACUCAUCCAUGACCUGUGUACGUCACCAGACGGCCAGGAUUUAUUUUUAGCUGACCUUGACCAACACCGUGUCUACAAAUACACCUACCGCGUGCAGUAGUUCCAACAGCAACCUCUUCUAAAACUUGCCACAACACAUUUAUAAACUCGUUUCUUUUCAAAUUUAUUUUUGGAUCUAUCUUUAAAAUGUAUUUUUGUUUGGUAAAGUUUAAAAAAAAAUGUCCAUUAUAAUUAUCGAUUUUAUAGAACAACA